GUUCAACCAGCCCAAUUUUUAGAUUCCUAGACAGCUCCACUAAAAGGUCAGUUCAGUUCUGACUGUCCGGCCGUAAGGUUCUCUUGGAAUUUAUUUGUAUUUCUUUUAUCAACCUGUCUUCAACAACUUAUCCGAUCUGGCUUUCUUACGUAAAUUAUCGGCUUCUGCGAAGAUGUCGUUGCCGCGUGUGUACUUCGACAUAUCCGCGGGCGGUGAGAACAUCGGACGGAUUGUGAUGGAGCUGCGAUCGGAUGUGGUGCCCAAGACGGCGGAGAACUUCCGUGCCCUCUGCACCGGCGAGAAGGGCUAUGGCUACAAGGGCUCUCCCUUCCACCGCGUGAUCCCGAAGUUCAUGUGCCAGGGCGGCGAUUUCACCAAGCAAAAUGGUACUGGAGGACGCUCCAUCUACGGCAACAAGUUCCCCGACGAGAAUUUCACCCUGAAGCAUACGGGACCCGGUACUCUGUCGAUGGCCAAUGCCGGGCCCAACACCAACGGAUCUCAGUUCUUCAUUUGCACUGAAGCAACCUCUUGGCUGGACAACAAGCACGUGGUCUUUGGCAAAGUCGUGGAGGGAAUGGACAUCGUCCAGAAGGUGGAGUCCUACGGAUCGCAAGACGGCAAGACCAGCAAGAAGGUCAUCAUCGCAGACUGUGGCUCCCUCUAAGGGGAGCUGGCACCUUUUACACCGACAAUAAUCCUACUAUAUAUACACUUCAAAAAACACUUUUGUUCGAUGUUUCAAGCCAAUGUGCAUAACGACUCGCUUUAUUGACACUUUAAAAACUCUAAUUAUCCUUUCGAAGUUUAUUGAAAAUAUAAAGGAGUAAAAAUAUAGCAAAA